UUAUUUUUGCCACGAGAUGAACAUUCAUGGCAUGCUUGGUUGGUUGACUGGCUGUCUGGCUGGCUGGAUGGAUAGAUGGAUGCAUGGAUGGAUGAUGGAUAGAUGGGAGAUGGAUGGAUGGGUGGACGGCAGUAAUUAUCACUGUGGUGUUUAGCAUUUGUCAGGAACCUGACUCUCUGCACCCUACCCCACCUCACCUCACCUCCACCAACUACCCCACAGGGCGUCCUCUCUCUCCACACGGCCGCUCGUAUUAUCAGUCUGGCUCCGGUUACUGCCACAUAUAAGCUAACCAGGCCAGGUGAAGACACCGGCGCGCUCACCCACACUCAUCCACAGUCACACAUUACACUCACACUGUUGGUCACUCGUUCACAGACGGGAGCAGGAAUGGAGCAGGAGUCGGGUACCGGGCCAGAACAGGCGGAUGGGAUCAUACACAUGCUACCCUUCCAGGCGGCGCCGGGCCAGUUCGGGCCCGAGGUGCGGCAGCCUGGCCUCAGGUGUUGGCGGGUGGAGAAGAUGAAGGCCGUGGCGUUGGACCCGUCCGAGUUCGGAGCCUUCUUCAACGGAGACUCGUACCUGGUGCUGCAGCACCGCGGAGACCAGGGGGCAGACCUGCACAUGUGGAUCGGUGAGAAGUCAUCUCGUGACGAGCAGGUGGCGUGUGCCAUGUUGGCGACGCAGCUGGAUAACUUCCUGGGCGGAGACCCCGUGCAGCACCGCCACGUCCAGGGCUACGAGUCCCUCGAGUUCAUGAGCCUCUUCCCCCGCGGGGUCAGCUACAAGGAAGGAGGUGUGGAGUCUGGCUUCAGGAGGCCGCAGUCUGGCUCGGGACCCAUCCAGAGGCUCUACCAGAUCAAGGGCAAGAGGAACAUCCGGGCCAAAGAGGUGGAGCUGAGCUGGGACAGCUUCAACAAGGGGGACUGCUUCAUCCUGGACCUGGGCAAUACCAUCGUGUCGUGGAUCGGAUCUCAGGCCAACAUCUUUGAAAAGCAGAAGGUGCGGGAGAUCGCCACGCUGAUCCGGGACACAGAGCGCCACGGCAAGGCCCAGAUCACCAACAUCACGGAGGGAGAGGAGACGCAGGAGAUGCUGGAGGUGCUGGGCCCAGUGCCAGAGCUGAAAGAGAGCACGCCAGAGGAGGACAGCAAAGCAGACGCACUGCCCGCCUCCCUCUACAAGGUGUCUGAUGCGACGGGGUCGAUGAAGAUGACCAAAGUCUCGGAGAAAAGCCCAUUUGCCAAGGAGCUGCUGGUACGGGACGACUGCUUUAUUCUAGACAACGGAGCCAGCGGCAAAAUAUUUGUGUGGAAAGGAAGUGGAGCCAAUGCUGAGGAGAAGAGGGAAGCUUUGAGGAUGGCCGAUGACUUUAUCCAGCAAAUGAACUACCCAAGAAUGAAAACUCAGGUGGAGAUCCUUCCCCAGGGCAGAGAGGCCGUGAUGUUCAAGCAGUUCUUCCACAACUGGAACUAACGCCACACGAGGCUGCACCAGCAAAACCUUAAGCAUUUAUUGCACUCGCUCCAAACGUUAAAAUCAUGUCAAAGUAAUUUCUUAUCAGCAUUUCAGCUGUUGUCACUGGCACUGAGACUAAAUUGUGAGUAAAACAAAGUGUCAGCAAUGCUAUAGGCCCAAAAAUUGAUUUUGGGUUUGCAAUAGUAUGUAUAUAUUGAGAAAGAGAGAGAGCAGAGACAACAGCUAUGCGAAGAUAAUGGCAAUUGUUAGAUUGUCAAGCUGAAGCUCAGUGCAGUUGAGAUCCACAGAGCUAUGAUGCUGAUGAGUUGCCACGGUAACGACACAGCAACUGCCUGACUCUGCUAAGCUGCCACUCACCUUCACAGUUAGCAAUCAAAGAAUUGUUCUUGUUGUUGUUUAUGAUGUUCAGGUUAUUGAAAACAGCUUGCUGCAUUAAAGCCAAGAAUAUUUCACACAA